AAGCCUCAAGAACCUUCCUCUUCUACUCAAUUUGCCCAUUUUUUCCAUUUAAAACCCCCUUUUCUGCUUCUUCCCUCUUCGAUCCUAUCUCCUUCUCUCUCCUGAAUCCAUAAUUCCCACGUCUUUAUCUCUUUCAGAUCGGAGAAUGGAACACGGCCGUUCCGACCCCGAGGAUUGGUCUGCAAACAAUGCGGCCACGGGCUAUGCAUUGAGCGGCAAGAUUAUGCUGAGCGCGAUUGUGAUUUUGUUCGCUGUCGUAGUGCUCAUGGUAUGUCUUCACAUCUACGCUCGGUGGUAUCUGUACAGGACGCGCCGCCGCCAUCAUGCUCGUGCCCGGCGCCGGCAUCAUUUGGUGUUCUACGUGGACCCCACCAACCCAGCCGCCUCCGUCUCUUCUCCGACGCGCGGUCUCGACGCUUCUAUUCUGAAUUCGCUUCCGGUGUUCGUGUACUCCUCCAAGACCCACACGGAUAUGUCUGAAUGUGCCGUGUGCCUAUCUGAGUUUGAGGAGAACGAGAAGGGUCGUCGUCUUCCCAAGUGUAAUCACUCUUUCCAUAUCGGCUGCAUCGACAUGUGGUUUCACUCUCACUCCACUUGCCCCCUCUGCCGAUCUGCCGUCAACGCCGAAACCUCAGAGUCGGCAAGCCGGAAUCCAACCGACGUCGUGAUUUCGAUGGCUGAAACAGAGGGCGGAUCGACUUCCGCUUUGUGCUCCACAUGCCAGCACGACGAAGAUCGCACGGGUCGGCUGCGUACUUCCUCGUCGGUGGGGUCAUCCUCAGUUGGGAGUCGAAGGAAGUCCAGUGAGCUUGCAGGCGUGUCAAUUGAAGUUCCCAGGAGGAACGAGAAUUUUGGACUAUCAGAGGACGAGUCACUGCUGGAAUCGCCGGCGACUCGGGUGCAAAAAUCACCAGGAAGUCGUAUACUUUCACUGAAGAGAAUCCUUAGCAGGGACCGAAAAUCGAUGCUCUCUCCUACAUCAGUCCCUGGUGUCAGUUGCGGGUCUGUGACUGAGUUCGAGGCCGACAUCGAGCGAGGCACAGAAGACACUCAGCAGAUUCAGACUCAGCCUCAGCCUCAGCCUCAGCCUCAGGCUUCGAGGUGAGUCAGAUCGCUGUCGUGAAUCUCACGCGACGGCUAAUCAAACGGGGUGCACAAAACAUUAUGCGAGUGUCGUGGAUGGGGGCGAUCAUGCGUCCACGUGGCAAAUAUCAACCCGUGGCGGUUUUUCCGCUACCUGUGAUGGCGGGCGAUGUUUGACCUGUAGAUACUGAAGAAUUCAUUUGUUGAUUUUUUUUUCUUUUUCGACUAGAAUUACCAAUUUGGCUUGUUCCUUUCGAUUAAUGGUGACGUGGCCAAAAUAGAUAAUUAGAAAAUGAAUGAUGAAAAUUUUAAUAUAAUUACUUAAUUUAAUUUAUUUUA